AUGAGUAUAUGGUAUGCAUUUUUCUCUUAUGCUAUAAUAAGCUGUUUGCCAGUAUUUGUGUCAAGUUCAUUUAAUUUUUGCAAUUAUGGUGAAUAUUUUAAGAAUAAUAAAUGUUAUGUAUGUGAAGAAGACAGCUAUUCAAGUCAUAGGAAUUCGGAGAGUUGUUUUAGUUGUCCCCCGUCUAGUUUUAAUAAAAAAAGAACAUCCAAAUUUAUUUAUGACUGCACAUGUGAUAAUAAUUACUAUUUAGAUUACGUAGGUAAUAGGUGCGACUUGUGCUCUUAUAUAAACAACCAUUUCUAUUGUAAAAAGAACUUAAAUGAAUUGCAUGUAGAUAAUUUAGAAUCAUUUUUUAAACAUAAAAAUGAAAUAUCCUUUAAAAAUUUUGAUAGAUGUUCUGUAAAACAAAAGAAAAAGAACAUUUACCCAUUUAUGAAUAACAUGUAUAUUUAUUGCAAAAGACCCUAUGUUUGUUUAGAUACUUGUGGAAAAUGUGCAGAAAAGAAUGAAGGUUUUAUAUGUAAUAAUUGUAUAAAAAAUUAUUACAAAAAUAUAUAUGUAAAAUAUGCUAAAUGUAAGAAAUGUUAUCAUAUUAUAUUUAUUAUAUUCAUUACUAUGAUUUAUUGUAUCCUAUCUUUAAUUUUUUUCAUGGUGUUAUUUAAAUGCAUAAAUAUUAGUCUUUACUUUUAUCAUUUUGACAUUUAUGAAAAGGGAACAAUAUAUUUUUUGCAUUAUUUUCGUGAAUUUAUGUUUUAUUUAUCUCUCAUUUUGUUGCUAAGUUUUUCAAAUGAUUUAACAGAAAAUGAGAGGGAGAAUUAUACUUUAUACGAAAAAGAGAACAAAGGGGGAUUAUACCUACAUAAGGGGAACUUAAAAGCUCAUUAUUUUUUGAAUAUUUAUUUGCAUAAUGCUUUUUAUGAUUUAAUUAAAAUCGUUCAUUUAAAUUUCUUACACUUUAUUAAAUUAGACUGUUUUCAUUUUUAUAGUAAUCGUUCCAAAAUAUACAUGUUACAAAUACUUGUUUUCGUGUGGAUAGUAUUUUUGUUUACUUGUUUUACCCUAGUGUUUAAUUUUAUAUUUUUGUACUUGAGAAAAGGAGCAAAAAAUAUGAUAUUAGAGGAAAGGGGAAAUAAAAGUGAAUCCUUAAAUAAUAACAAAAUAAAGAGAAUCAAAAAGUAUAUACUUGAAAAUUUUAAGGAUGAAUAUAUCUAUCCAUUAUUUCUACCUAAUUAUACUUUUCACAAAUAUGUAAAUGCAAUUUUUUUUUAUAAUAGUGAUGUUAUAGACUUUUUCAAAACAUCUCUUCAAAUAUAUUAUUAUCAAUAUAUACAUAUUACUUUAUAUAUUGGUAACUCUUCUAUAAUGUUUAUUUUUCUUUCCUCUUAUAUAUGUAUUGGUUUAUUUAAUUAUAAUAUAUCUUAUUAUGAUACGUCAACAGUGUGUUAUGAUGAAUUACAUUUAAAAGUUACUAAAUUAAUGGGUCUACCAAUCAUUUCUUGUUUUUGUUUUUUAUCUUACUUAAUAAUUUUUAUAUCCAUUUUUAGAACACCACGUUCUUUAAAAAGAAAUUAUAAAUAUAAAUAUAUGUAUGGGUUUUAUACAUUUUUAUGUAAACAAAACAAAUAUUAUUAUUAUAUACUUAAAAUAUUGUUAAUCAAUAUUUUGUUUUUAUGUAUAAUGCGACUACCUGAUCAUUUAAGUUUCCUUAUUUUUUUGUCUUUCUUCUUUCUUUUUUUUAUUUGUUUAUCUAUGUUCGUUAAUCCUCAUAUUAAAGUGAAGAAUUAUAAUAUCAAAUUGGAGAGUUUUUUUUUCAUGUUUUUAUUUUUUUUAAGUAUACAGUUAGAACAAUUAAGAAUAAUAACGUAUCAUAUUGUGUUAAGGAUAAUUCUUUCUUUCUCUACCUUGUUUAUUUAUACAUUUAUAUUACUCUAUUAUUUAUAUUUCAUGUUGAGAGAUGUAUUUUCUUAUUUUAGCUUUUAUGCAAAAUAUGUGAGGAUAAAAAAAGACGGUUCUACUACAGAAAAUAGAGAAAAUAUGGAUAAUUCAUUAACCGUUAAUUUCUAUUUUUAUUAUUAUUUGAAAAAUAAAAUGAACGUAAAUUUGUUCCAUUUUGAUGAGGGUACGACAGAUUUUUCGAAAAGGCACAUCGAUGAGGUCUUUUUGAAAAAUUACGAAGUUGUAACAAUGAAACCUCGUAGAGCUAUAUCAAAGAAGGACAUAGGCUACAUCUAUCAUUCGUGUGUUUUAAUAUCCCCAUUCAUUGCAGAAACGAUUAUUCAGUUAUUAUUUAUUACGAAAAAUAUAAAUCAUAUAAUUCGUUUAAGAACAAAUAAUCCCCACGUCAAAAUAUACAACUUUUUAUUUGAGAAUGGUUAUAUUGAAAUUCAGAAAACAGCGAUUGAUAGGUUCAUAACAAAAGCGAUAUGUAUUUACAAACAAGUCUUCAAAGGAAAUUAUUUCUUAUUUAGAUCAGAAAUGAUAUCUGUGUUCACAGACAUUGUUAGAAAUCUUAGAUGCUUUAAAGAUGUUUACAUCAGAGAAUGCAUUGCUAACCGAAUUAGAGAAAAAUAUAAAAUAAAUGAAGUUGAUAAAAACAAAAUGAUAUAUGAUGAAAAUUAUGAGCAAAAACAUAUUAACACGUUUUUGUACAAGCUCAGACGUUUAGAUAAAAAUGUGGACAGAAAAAAUCAGGAAUUUUUUCAACUAUUCCCAAAUAUUGGUCAUGUUGUACUUAAAAAAGUGAACGGAGGAGGAAAAAAAAAAAAGAGGAGAAAUGCAUAA